CAAUAUUCCAUAUUGUAACAACUGUAAAAUUGUUUUUGUUGUUGUAUUUAUAUAUAUAUAUAUAUUUUUUUUUAUUCUUUUACACUACAAGUUUGUGCUAAUCACUAAACAUUUUGUACUCAUGGCAAAAGAUGAUCCGUAUUUAAAUUAUCAAAUAGAUUCAAAAAUAUUUCAAUUUUUUUUUCAAAUGAAUAUUAAAAAUAAAUUUGAAAAAAGUUUUCUUCUUUUUUUUUAUUGAAAAGAAAUAUAAGAAUCAUUUUUUGCCAUAGCAUAGACGAAGUCAAGCAAAACGGCUAACAUGCUAGAUUAGCGGUAAUUUGAUUCAAUUAUUUUUUUUUCUCACCAAAAAAAAAGAAAGAAUUAACAGCGCAAAGCUUGUGCUAAAGAUUGGUACAUAAAUGCAAUGAGCUUUAAAUAAAAGCGUUUUUGUGAUUUUUGUUUUGAACACUGAAAGACUUUAUUUCAAAAAUUAAUAUAAUUUAUUUCAAAAUGAGAAGAGUAAUAAAAAAACUCUUAUAAUUGUAUCAAAAUUAUAAUAAAUAAAUAUUUUUCUUCGUAAUGCGCGUUUCCAAAAUCGAAUUUUAUUUACGAGCGCUGCGUUAUCAUUAAGGUUAUUUCACAUUAAGGAUAUCAAAAUCUACCUUACCAACUGAUAGUAAAACAAUUUUUUUUGGAAAAGGAAAAUAUAAAAAUUUACCGACAUAGGAAUCUACCUUACCAACUGAUAAUAAUUACCGACAGCUGGUAAAGCAUUUUUUAAAAAAAUAAUAUACAAAAUUACCGACAUAGAAAUCAACCUUAUCGACUGCUGGUAAAGCAGUUUUUUUAAAUAACAUAAAAAAUUACCGCCACAGAAAUCUACCUUACCGACUGAUGGUAAAACAGUUUUUCCGAAAAGAAAAAUAUAAAAAAUUACCAAUGUAAAAAUCUACCUUACCAACUGAGAGUAAACCAGUUUUUUUGGAAAAAGAAAAUAUAGAAAUUACCGACAUAGGAAUCUGCCUUACCGACUGAUGGUAAAACAGUUUUUAAAAAUAUUUUCAUUUCUUCGAGAAAAACUGCUUUAGUAUCAGUCGGUAAGGUAGAUUCCUAUGUUAGUAAUUUUUUAUAUAUGUGACGCGAUCUGAAGAAAAGGACCUUAGAAGCAAAAAAUUAUAGGUUACGUUUAGAAAUUUUAAAGUGAAAAUACACAAAGACGUUCAACUCGUAAUGCAAACUAAUGAUAUUUAGGUCUUCAUUGCAUCCAAAAUAUUCAAUAAAAACUGAUUUCAGUUUUACAAAAACAAAAAUAAACUUUUAGUUCAAGUAAAACUAUUGUAAACAUAACCAAUAAUUCAUUUGCUUCUAAGGUUCCUUUCUUCAGAUCGAGUCACAUAUAUAUUUUUCAGAAAAACUGUUUUACCAUCAGUCGGUAAGGUAGAUUUCUAUGUCGGUAAUUUGUUCAUAUUAGCUUUGUCAGAAACUAUACUAAAUAGUACAAAAACGGAGUUUUUCUCAUUUUGUAACAAAUUAUAUUAUUUUUUGAAAUAAAAAGACUUUUAGUGUAGCAAUUAUUGACAAGUAGAUGUUAUGAUGUUAUUUUGUUAUUUACUAAAUGAAUUUCAAUUUAAUUACUGCAUUAUAAAUAUUUAAUUACGUUAGAAAACAAUGAUUAACAUUUAAAGUUUCAUUGACAAAUAAAAAGGUCUAAUAUUUCAAUAAUUAAGUAUUCAAUUUACAUCGGAUCGAUUUGUUUAAAAAAUUGCAUAUAAUUGGAAGAAAAAUUAAUUAUAUUAUUAUUUGAUCAAAAAAUCAAAAUAAAAAAAAUAUUUUGCGAGUAUUUUGCUUUGUGUGUAUCAUUGUAUAAUGAAGCAUUUGUGAUAAUAAAAGUCUACGAAUUAAAAUAUAAGACGAAAAUAAAAGAACAAUUGUGACAUUUACAAUUGCUUUUGUAAAAAAAAAAAACACCUUGCCAAAGGAGGUUAUAGAGAAAAAAAGGAGAAAACUGAUGGAAGAGUGAGAGUGCGGAUGUUGGAUUGUGCAACGAACCUGCUGCAUGACUUAUUGGAAAGAACCUUUUUUUUUUAAAGCACUGAUUAAAAUAAAAUAAAAUAAUGAAAUCUUUUUCAAAAUACACAUGUAAAAAAAAUGAUACAAUUUGCUAAACAAAAAAGAAAAUAAAAAUUUUUCUAUUUGUCGACACAUUAAGAGAAAAACAAAAAUUUCAAAAAUGACUUCACCUGCGAUAAGUUUUGAUGAACAAUAAAAAAUAAAAUAAAAAAAAAUAAAAAAAAAAAUAAAAUCAAUCGUCAUGCCGGAUGCUGAAUAUUAUUUCGGACGAGGAUAUACAUAUAAUAUAUAUAUAUAUGCGGCAAAAAGACAAAAAGCUAGUGCGAAUUUCUAAAAAAGGAGAAACAAAAAUUGUAUAAAUUAGAGGCGUAGAGGAUAGAAAUUAAGACAAUAUUUAUAUAUAGAGGCCUGUUCUAAAGUCAUGUCAGUGUGAUUCGAUUGCUGGGUUGCUUCCUACCUUGCCACCCUACAAACUCUCCAGCUUCGCCUGAGGAACACAAGAGCACACAUUAGUACUGCAGCAAAAAGAAAAAUGGAUGGACCAGGAACAAUGACUUGGGAAGAAUUUGUUGAAAAUGCCGAAAGCAUAAUAGAAAUAUCGAAUUCAAUUGACGACCAUUGGCAAUUUGAAGGGGACAAGAAUAUUCCUGGACAGGGUUAUUUAUUACGACGUGAAAAGACUUUUAUUUCAAUUGACAUUCUGAGCAGUGAAUCGUGGACAAAGGCAGAAGAGGAUUUGUCAAACGAGCUUUGUCUCAAAUUGAGAGAAGAUCCUUUCGAAGCUCCUUCUAUUGCAUUUGAGAGGCCUCUAGUUAAGGAACAUCAUAUCCUUUGGUCUAUGAGUUACAGUGUACCAGUUCUUUAUUUUAAUGGAUGGAAAUCGGAUUGUCCAGGAAUUAAUCCAGUAUCGGUAGAAGUGGCUCAAAAACUACUCAAAAAUGACAGUCUAGAUUAUUCUGAAUUAUCACAAGCAAUUCAUCCAAUUCUUGGCACAUCUUUUUUGUACCUUCAUCCCUGUAUGUCGCAAAAUCUUAUAAAAAUCACACCCAAAAGCAAGAAUAAAUUAAUUAGUUGGCUGAGUAUGGUGGCUCCAGCAGCCCUCAAUUUUAAAAUAAGACCAGAAUAUUAUAAAUUAACCUUUGGUGACACUUCAGAAGCAGAUGGAAAUUCUUGAGCAUGAUGAGCAAUUUGAUAUUCCUGAGAUUCAGUAUAUAUGUAUAUAUAAUGGCUUGCAUCAUUAUUAUUGUCACAAAGGAUCUCAACUGGAACUAAUAUUAUACAGUGUAUAUAUAUAUAUAUAUAUCUACAAAGUGUAUUCCUUGUUCUGAAUGAAUGUAACUUUAUAUGAAAAAAGUUAUUUUUUUUUAUUUCAAUUUAUAAUAAUAUUGUAAUUUUAGUCCAUUAAAUUUUCUUGUAUUUUUUA